ACUUUCAAAUUGUUGUUUACUUUUCAGAAACUGAAGGGACUUUGAGCAAGCUCCAAAAGCUCCCUGUCCCUGAACUCACCCAUCCUUUUAUAAAUGUCAUACUUUGUUGCUUAUAAUACAUAAUGAAGGCAUAACAAUUUAUUGUAUCUAUAAAGUUAAACUUGUAGUUCUCUUAACCAAAUUAAUAGCAUGGUUCUCCAGUUUUAUGUGUGUUUAAAGAAAAAUGUUAUACUAAAAAUUACAAAAUUACUUUCUUCUAUACUUUCUAGCAUUAAAAAUUGUUACUUUGUGAUUUUUCUUUUUUUUUUAUAUUGUUCAUAUAUUUGAUUUCUUUUACAGGUCAAUUUAAUCUCAAAAGCUACUAUGUCCUUAAAGGCACUGGCAGAGCUACCUAUAAUUGUUGUCUUUAUGUACCAGCUAUAUAAAAUGAGUGUUCAAAAAAGAUGUCAAAGAAUUUGUGUCAUCGAUAAUGACAACUAAUACUUUACAACCCACAGCUCAACAGGGGAGCAAUCGAUCUCUCAACAAAGAAGUUUAUGUUGACUUUAUGUCUGCACAGAUAAAAACAUUAUCUUUUCUGGCUUACCUAGUUAGAAUAUAUCAAUAUGUUGUGAAUGAACAUUCCUCACAGUUUGCUAAAGGAAUGAUAGGAUUGUUGUAUCUAUGUCCUCAAGAUUUUGCCCACUUGUGCAAAGAAUUGCUCGUAGCAGCCCGUCAUAUUUUAGCCACAGAGCUAAGAGAUAGUGGAAAAUGGGGAAAACAUAUUAGUAGUUUUAAGAAUAAUCAUAGAAUUUCAUAAGACCUUCAGGCCACCAUGCAGCUUUGAAGUAAGAAUGUGUUAUUUAUAUGA